AUGGAGCCUGGUCAGUCGCCGUCUCUCUGUGCAGCGGCUCCCUCGCAGAGAACGCGUCCGUCUCUUCCGGCCUCAAGGGAGACUUAUAACUGGGAAGCGACACGGAAACCCGCCUUUUCCGUCGGCACCUCUUUCUCAGACCACAUAGCGAAGAAGGUCGAGUCUCCCUCUCUUCUGGAAGAGAGCCGAUGCAGCCAGCACACUGUGCAUCCUCACGGGACCGAAGCGACUCACGCUCUUUCUCCGCCGCCCUCGUCGGCCGCCGCUGCCUCGCCAUGGCCAGCCUCCGCGGCUGCAGUAGCCGCUGCGGCGUCCGCGGCCGCAGUCCGGGCUGGUGUCUCUCCACCCGAGCUCCUUGUCAUCACCAGAGAACGGCGACGCAGUCUCCCUUUACCCGACUGCAAAACGAAUUCCGCCUCAUCUUCUGCCUCAGCGGCGUCUGAGGUUUCCCUGUCUUUUGCUCUUCCCACGGCGCGGGAUGCAGCGUCGCCUGGAUCUCCUUCGCGGCGAUUGUCUUGUCGCUUGGCGGGGCGCCUGCAAGACGCUCCUUUCCCGUCGUUUUUAUGUCCGAACUGGACAGAUGCGCUCGCCUUCUCUCCAGCUCAGCUUGUAGAGAAGAAGGGCUGUCUUGAAGGCCUCCGCAAGCCUGGCCCGCCUCUGCAUCUCCCGCCGUCCCCCUCUUCGUUUGCGGAGCUCUCAACGCGGCGGACGUCGUCGUCGCGUUCGCAGUCUGUCUCAGCCAGUCCCUUUGACGAAGCAGGCGUCGUCUUCGAGGCAUGCAACGCCUCGGAGCCGCCGCAGCCACCGACUUCUCGCCCGCGUCCCUCGUCUCCGUCUGUCUCCUCGCCCUCCUGUCCGCUCGCCGCUCCGUCGUCUUCUGUUUCUGAUCUCAAAACUUCAGCGGUCCAUCAGACUGGCUCCUCCCCCAGGGAGGCUGUUCCACAAGACAUGGCGCUUGUGGCCAACCCCAGGGCUGCGGAGGAUCUUUCGCUCUUCUCCUCUAAUCUUUUGCAUGCGUCGAAUUUGCCUGAAAGCCUGUUUAACUUUUCUGCCCUCGACGUCUCUGCUAUCUACGGCGAGCCAGGCGAAGGCGUGUCGUCUCACCUCGCCUCGUCGAUCUUCUCCUUUUCUGGGGAUGCUUGUCCCCGGGCUGUGUCGCCCACGAAACCGUCAACCGCAUCUCCUGUUGCUUCCGCAAAUUCUUCCACUUCAUCUGGUCGCUCCGCUUCCGCUGCUCGGCCCUCUUUUGCCUCGGGAGAGGCUUCCCCCUCUGCGAAGGGUGAGGCGCCACGUUUCCCGUUGGACGCCGUCUCGGUCUCAUCUUUCGUCGGUCACUGCGCAUCUGCAGAGCGCCUGGUCCUUUUUUCCGAACUGGAGGGAGGCGCGCCGACAGCGACGCAUGCGGAUCUUCUCCCUCUCACCCGUUCAGCAGCCAAGGCGGCCUCCGCUCCUCUGGGCGCUGCCGAGGCUCACGACCAGGGACCAAGGCGACUUCCCCGAGAAGGGGAAGAAUCCCGCGGAGAGAGCGGAGGUGAAUCGCCCUCGACUGGCGCUGGAUUCGCGCAGUGCGUGCGAGCGAGAAGCGCCGGAAUGCUGGUGUUUGUUGAGCGAGAGAAGAGCCAGAGAGGUGGAGACGAGUCGGCCGUAGGAGGGCAUGCAUCUGCUCGCGACGGAGAUGAGAAGCAACGGAGAAUGCACAGGUUCCCCGAAACUCAAGAGGAACGCAUGCGGCGCAUUCAGCAGGUGUUAGAGGCGCUCAAGAGACGGAACGACGCGUUAGAGUCGCAGUUGGUGGAGACGCAGCGGCGGCGGCGGGCGACGGUUGGCUUUGGUCUGAAUUCCGACCUCGAACAUUUUUCGCCCUCAGGCGAGUCGCAAAACGCAGAGGAUGGGGACGACCGCGCUGCCGAGGCCUCGGCGCAGCCGUCUCGGCAGUGCUGUGAGGACCGCGGAGAAACGCACGGGGCGCGCCUCGCAUCCGCGACUCCGUUUCUGCCUUCUUCAGUUCUGCAGAUCGACAGCGCAGAGCCGGGGCCAGGCCUGCAGACGCCGCGCUUUCCGACGGACUGCGCGUUGGACGAGGUGCACAACGCCCAAGCAGAUGCCGGAGAGACAGGCGGGCGUCGCGAUGCGAGUGUCUCUUUUCCCCAGACUCGGUUGAGCGAGAGAGACCAGAAAGAAGGGAAGGGCCGGGAAGAACAGAACGGCCUCGCAGCUGAGAGCAGCGCGGAGGCAAAGGGGGAAGAAGAGGAGAAGGAGCGCGAAGGAGAGACGAUGGGAGAGGCGACAAAGGAAAGGGGAACCAACGCGGUGAGGACAAAGAUCGGAGGGCGAGAAACAGAGAAUCAGGAGAACGCAGAGAAAGAUCGAGCAGUGGCUGCAGCCUCUGGCGACCUGUGCACGACACGAGGAGCCGAAGACGACACCCUGUGGGAAGGACAAGAGAGGCGAGAGGCUGGCGAGCUGAACUAUCUCUGCAUUUCUUCCGGUCAGGGAGAGGACGGGAACUCGGAGCAGCCGGAUGCGCCUUUGGACCUCUCAACGCAUGCCGCCUCACACCCUCAUCGUUCUGCGCUGAGCGAGGGUUUCCGUGAUUCGCGCACAGAGCCUCAGGAGCGGAGACGCGGACCGAAUGUAGAGACAGAGACCAGUGUUGGACAGACGGGAGAACUCGAAGAGCGAGAAACGCUUGCGAAGGAGAGACGAGAUCUCGACGAGGCUCGGGCUGUCUACGCGGCACAGAAGCGAGAAUUGGAAGAAAUGAGAAAAGCGUUUGCGAAAGAGACCGCCGACCUAUUCAGGGCGAGGGAAAUGCACGCGGCUCAGAUGCUGCAGCUCCUGGAGCAGACGGACGCCUGUUUGAACGAGAAGAAGGAACUAGAGGAGGAGAAAAAAAUAUUUCUUGCGCAGAAGGAGGAACGGGAGAAAGACGCCGAGGCAUACUCCGAGGAGAGAAGAAAGCUCGAGGCGGACCGAGAUAUAUAUAUCGCGCAGAAGCGACAACUUGAGGAAGAGAGAGAGUUGCAUGUAGAGGAGAAGAAGGCGUUAGAGGAGGCGAAAAAGAUAUACCUUGAGCAGAAGCGAGAACUGGAGAAGGAAACGGAGGCGUACACUGAAGAGAGAAGAAAGCUCGAGGCGGACCGAGAUAUAUAUAUCGCGCAGAAGCGACAACUUGAGGAAGAGAGAGAGUUGCAUGUAGAGGAGAAGAAGGCGUUAGAGGAGGCGAAAAAGAUAUACCUUGAGCAGAAGCGAGAACUGGAGAAGGAAACGGAGGCGUACACUGAAGAGAGAAGAAAGCUCGAGGCGGACCGAGAUAUAUAUGUCGCGCAGAAGCGACAACUUGAGGAAGAGAGAGAGUUGCAUGUAGAGGAGAAGAAGGCGUUAGAGGAGGCGAAAAAGAUAUACCUUGAGCAGAAGCGAGAACUGGAGAAGGAAACGGAGGCGUACACUGAAGAGAGAAGAAAGCUCGAGGCGGACCGAGAUAUAUAUGUCGCGCAGAAGCGACAACUUGAGGAAGAGAGAGAGUUGCAUGUAGAGGAGAAGAAGGCGUUAGAGGAGGCGAAAAAGAUAUACCUUGAGCAGAAGCGAGAACUGGAGAAGGAAACGGAGGCGUACACUGAAGAGAGAAGAAAGCUCGAGGCGGACCGAGAUAUAUAUAUCGCGCAGAAGCGACAACUUGAGGAAGAGAGAGAGUUGCAUGUAGAGGAGAAGAAGGCGUUAGAGGAGGCGAAAAAGAUAUACCUUGAGCAGAAGCGAGAACUGGAGAAGGAAACGGAGGCGUACACUGAAGAGAGAAGAAAGCUCGAGGCGGACCGAGAUAUAUAUGUCGCGCAGAAGCGACAACUUGAGGAAGAGAGAGAGUUGCAUGUAGAGGAGAAGAAGGCGUUAGAGGAGGCGAAAAAGAUAUACCUUGAGCAGAAGCGAGAACUGGAGAAGGAAACGGAGGCGUACACUGAAGAGAGAAGAAAGCUCGAGGCGGACCGAGAUAUAUAUGUCGCGCAGAAGCGACAACAUGAGGAAGAACGAGACGUUCAUGUUAAGGAGACGAGAGCAUUAGAGGAGAAGAACGAACUGGAGAAGGAGACGAAGGCAUUGCAGGAGGAGAAGAACGAACUGGAGAAGGAGACGAAGGCAUUGCAGGAGGAGAAGAACGAACUGGAGAAGGAGAAGAAGGUAUACCUAGCACAGAAGGGGGAACUAGAUGAAGCCACUGAGGUGUAUGUUGAAGCGAGACGAAAGCUGGAGGAGAAAGAGAUGUGUCUCGCUCAGAGAGAGGAGCUUGAGGAAGAGAGGAGAGUGUUGAUGCGUGCCGCUACAGAGAUGGCGACGGAGCGCGAGCAUCACGCAAGAGAGAAGAGGCAGCUGGAGGAAGAGAGAGAUAAAUACAUGAGAGAGCUUGGAGAGGUGAAGACGGAGUUAAACCGUCAGUGCGAAUUUUACAUUGAAGAGGCGAAGAAAUGGGAUGCUGAGCAAGAAAAGGUAGGCCGCCACUUGAAGGAGACAGAGCAGCUGGUGGAGAAGCAAAGGCGAAGUUGGUGUGAGCGCGAGAGAGCGCGAAUGGAGGCGUAUGAGAGGCUGCGAAAAGAGAAGGAGGAGCUCGAGAUUCAGAACUUGUCCCUUCAAGCGCACCUGAACCGCGUGGAGGAGCGAAGAGCAGAGCCGCUGGCGGAGGCAUUUAGAGAGCUCGAGGAAGCGAAAAGGAGAGAAGGAGAACUAGGGGCCGAGCUCGAACGGGAACGAAACGACAGGAAGCAAAUGGAGCAAGACCUUGAGCGUUUGGCGCAACAAAACUGCGAGUUGUCCAAGCGCGUAGAAGAAAGUCGCGGGCUCACAGAAAGCGUCGAGCACCUGCAGCGAGAGAUAGCAGACUGGAAGAGAAGAGGAGAGACGGCGGUCGAGCGUGCAAAGGCACAAGAGAAGGAACUGGAAAGAAACAGAGAAGAAAAUGGGCGCAUGAAACAGAAACUCGCGUACCUGGAGAGAACUCACGUUCCAGAGUCCAGUGUGCAAGCUGCUUUCGACAGAGAGAGCAGACACUCAGGAGACGCGCCGAGGGAUGAAGGCCGGCGGCAUGUCUCCAAGGGUCUAGAAGACGUCGAAGAGAUGGGCCACCCUGAAGCAGGAACGCGGGAGAAAUGUGUGUCAACAACGUGUGACGGAGACGACGAGCUGGAGAGCUUGACGUCCUGCUUUUCAGGAAACAAAACCGAUGCUGCGGAAGAUCAAGCGCGAAAGCCACGUCCGCCGCCAGAGGGCUUUGAGACUAUGGCAGACACGUCUCCAUCUUCACUCUCUGUGGCGAGUCUGAGAGAACAAGGGAGGGAAAGAAAGGUGAUAGACGAGAAAAGGAGAGUGGGGUUACAGGCCGGGGACGAAGAGUCGCGUGGGCUUCUCGUCGAGAGACUCCAGCGACUGUAUUCAGAAGAAUGCGCCUCGUCUCGGCGUCUAGCCGCCAAGUGUGCUCAAUAUCGACAGCAGUUGAGACAAGUCAUGAAGCGUCUAGUUUUGGUCACGAAAGCUAUGGAAGAGGCAAAUGAUCUUCGAGAAAAGCACCAGCGGGUGCAUCAGCAAAGACUGACGGAAAAGCCCAGCGGUUAA